UUUAUCAGAAAUUAAAAAUGAAUAUUAAAGCAAUAAUUCCCGAAUAUGUAAAAACUGAUAAUUUUAUUAUUAAAAUAUUCCAGAUAUUUUAUGGAGUAAUUGUACAUUCUAGAAUUGAAUGUCUAAAAUGGGAAGGAUUGUGUUUUAAAGAAGUUUGUCACAAUAUUGUUGGUAUUAUUAACUUUGUAAUAAUUAUUUUAAAUACAUCUUUAUAUGUUUUAAAUUUUUUAAAAGUGAAUACUGCGAAAUUUGAAAAAUAUUGUACAAUAAUUUGUAAUAUAGGUUUAGUGGUAGCUAUUGGAUUCAGGCAACGGUAUUUGAUUAAAAUAUAUCGAAGUGUACUAUUAUCAAUAACUGAUUCUACAACAAUGUUUAUUUGUUUCAUUAUUUUUUUAUUUAUUUGGGAAUAUUUACUUCUUACAAAUAAAGAAUUAAAUAGUAAUGAAGUUAGAAAUAAUAAUGACAAUGAAGGAAAUUUAAAAAAUGAAAGGAACCGACUUAAAUUAAUACAGAUAAUAAUUGGUUAUGGCACUUGCACACUUCUCGUUUAUGGAGGGCGUUCAUUCUUUAAUGCUGUUUUGAAUCUUUUAAAUGCCAUAAUUAAUCGAAUGGAACGUCUUUGUUCAGUUAUUGGGGUUAUUUUGUUCAUUAUUGCUUUUGGAAUAAUUACUUGGUAUUUAAUUGAAUAUGAAAUUGGCCGUAAUUACGUUAUAUUUUUAAAGGCCUUAAUUGGAAUUCAAAUGACUGCUUUCAUUUGGGAUUACCAAAUUCUUGGGCAGGCUUUUUAA